UGCAAAAUGGCAGCCGCUAUGGAACCACGAGGUGCCUUAUUCGGUGAAUGACCACUCUCUCCCUUUUCCGUGCCGAUCGUUGACUUUGUGGGACAGGAUGGCCCUAUUUCAGAAUUCCAUAAUGAGAUUUCGCUGCCUAUCCCGAGGCGGCCAUCCGUUGCUCUUUCAACUCAAUACAGUCCUUCCAAGAGAAACAGAACAGCGACGAUGGAUGAAGAACCCGAAAUGCCAUCUUGAAUGGAAGGUCAAGGUUCAUUGGGAGAUACCAAAAGGAGUGAAAAAAUAUGCCCCAGAAGACACUGGAGAUUUGGAAGUCUUCACGCCGAAUUUCCAAGACAGUUACCCCGUUUGGCUGCAAGGCUGCAAGUUGUUAGAAACGGCUGAUGAAACUACCAAAGAACUUCUCUCUCUCAACUAUUCCAAGGCACCUGAUCAAUAUGAAUCAUACCAGAUGAAUCUGAGUCAGAGAGUUCAACGACAUAAGCUGGAUUUGGAUUCACCUGAAGUUCAAAUUGCCAAAAUGACAGCAAGGCUUAGAUGGCUCCAGUGGCUCAUGUGCACAGCAGAGAAGAGGAGGUGUAAAAACCAAUUCAGAGGUGCUGUGAGGAAGUUAAUGGACCAGAGAAGACAGGCAUUGGAGAUGAUGAGAUUGUCUGACUACAAGUGCUAUGAAUGGGUCCUAGAAAAGCUGCAGAUCAUUCACAAGCCAAAGCCUCCGAUCUACAUAAACAUACAGAGGAGGCAGUCUCUUCGUCGUCUCACUUCUGAGUAUGUAUACAAGCUGAAGAAGGAGAAAAGAGAAGCACUGCAUCAGGAAUUGAAAGAGAAGCAGGAGGAAUUUCUUCGUGAGAAGAUUGAAACUCUUAAGUGGAUCAUGAUUGAAGAAGGAGAUCUCAAAGUGACUCCAACUAUCACAGAGAAAGAUGUUCAACAGGCUGAACAAGAACUUGAGGAAUUUCUCCAUCAGAAGGAACAGCAUGUUGAAAAGGAGGAAAUCCCUUUCCCAGGAAUGUGGAGGUAUGACUUUGUUGUCACUGGAGAGGAUUAUGUUGACAAAAAGGAGCUGCUGCCUUACAGGAACUGUGAGCAAGUGGAGGAGUACGACACCAGGCAAUGAUCCCUCCCCUCUUUCCUGCAUAGUGUAUGUGCUAGAUGUUACAACAAAAAAGUCACUUUUGUUAACUUCCAUGGAUAACUUUAUUGCAGCUGGUAUUCCUUGUGAGAAAAUGCCAUCAGUUUUCAGUGUCAACGUUCUCGUGAAAUUCUGUGGCACUGCACUUCUCACUAUCCAUUGAAAGCAGCUGACACAACAGUCCAUCUUUCCUUUCUAUUAAAGCACAACAUAAUUUCUCCAAGGAAUGCAGCACCUCCUUCAAGGUUGCAUAUUAAAAAAAAAGGCACGUGGACAUCACAGAUGAAGAGAGCAUAAAUUAGCAUGGGUGAGGAGCAAAAGAGAACACGUCUUUUUUUUUGGCACAUGGCAGCACAUGGCACUCAUGGUGUGUGGGGA